CGAAAACUUGAGUGUAGAGCUCGGAUGGCUGGAAUAUCAAGCUUGGAGUACUAUAGGACAACCCUUCCUGGCUGGGGAACUUCCCAGCUGCGCUUCAGAGAACCCCCCGUGCCUGCGUUCCAGCCGCUACCGUCAUGGAGUGGCUGGGAUUACUACCGUGCCUAUGCGAUUAAUCCCGACCAAAAUCUCUACUACACAGUCAUGAAUAGGACGCGCGACUUUGGAUCUACGGGCGGUGCGGGCACCAAUGAAGCGAGGCUCUGGCAAAGGCGCAUAUACAGCGGACUGGUUGAUUUCUCUCAAUUGCUCCCACAUGAUAUCGGCAUGGCAGCUGCCUACGAAGCCUAUCGUAUGUGGAAAUACCACCGCCGAGUUCUCUUUGACCCUCUGUUGUCGAGUGGUGCCACCGGAGCCAUCGAAAGGGCGCGGGAAGGGCUUGUCGGGCUUGCUAUUGCCGAAGCGAGCCGUUUGUGGCAGUACACCAACCGCCCGAUGGACACCUACGGGCUACGCGAUUGCCUCGAGUCCGCCGCCUUAACGUCGUUUAAGAUUUCAUAUGCAGUACUCGAAGAGGGCGCGUAUGCCGGCGGAGCCUAUAACAACGCAAGCAUGACCGACCAAGGCUUCGCACCAGGUAGAAUGCCCGAGCCUGACUCGAUCGACGACCCUUACGUCGAAAACCAAUCAUACUCCCGCUCCCGGCGGUACUCUUCUUCUGCACCCAUCGGCAUCCAGCGACAGCCCUCCUUCAGCGUGCCAAACGUCUCACGCGCCCCUCCUUCCCCCUUCCUCGACACGACACCCCCGAUGGGUGGAAUCUCCAUCCCCGGGCGCUCACGCUCCGAUGGAAGCAGCAGCGUCCUCUCGAACUCGCCGUUCGCUGGUGCACUGGGCGCGUCGCCGUCGUACGCCAGUGGCCUCGGCACGUCGCCGCCCUACGGUGCAAGCGCCUCCCCCUCCCCUGCAGGCUACGCUGCCAGCGGGUCUUACCCCGGCAGCGGGCCGGGAGCCGGCGGCGGCACAGGGUACGGCGGGGCGGGACUCGCGACGAACUACCCAGGCUCAGGCGGCGUCCAGUACGCGAAUCCGGGCGGGGGCUACGGCGCGUAUCCUGGUGCAGGCGUGAACGCGGCGCUCGGCACGAGCGUCGCCCCCGGGAGCUACAUCCCCGCAGGCUACAGCUCCGCCGCGCCGUACGCGAGCGCUGGAGGGUACGGCGCGGGAUAUACGGGCGGCGCGUAUUCCGUCCCCGGCGGCACGGUUAUACCCGCCCAACCGGGCUCGACGAUCGUUAUCAAGUCGCGGCCGCGCAGGCACAGUCACAGCAACCGCCAUCGCUCGCGGAGCUUUGAUGGCCGUUCUGAGGGUUCGAGGUACGAAAGGUACUAGACUGAUGGGGGUAUAACCCAGGACUAGUCCUUUCAAUGCCUUUGAACAGACUGGGAUUUUAUCGAAGUGACAGCACCGUGAUUUGUUUACCCUGUAAUUUUUUUUGGCCGUUUGCUUUGUUUUGCAAUUUUCCGUUUGACCAGUAAUGAUGUGGCUGGCCGCUGUACAAUACGUUGUAAAAUACCACAAGGAUAAAUUAUACUCAUGCCCACCAGUGUUU